CAUGGGCGCACGGGAACUUGCGCGCUCGGAGCUCGAGCACUCGGACUCGGUCAACGACAUGCUGGCCGAGACGGCCUUUCCUGGCGGCAUGGACGACUUGGCGACCCUGGUGAUGCUCUUUGGUCGCAACCGGUUUAGCGCCAUUCGCCACCGCAUCAACGACGACGACGUGGACGACGACGACCUCGCCGCCACCAACAAGGAGGGACAUACGAUCCUGUCGCUGGCCGCCAAGUUUGGCCGCGUCGAUCUCGUGCGCCUCGUCGUCGAGAACACGCGCUUCUCGGCCAUUCCCGACUACGAAUGGGCACCAAUCGCGGCGGCCGUCGAGCACGACCGGUUGCCCGUGGUCGAGUACCUCUUUGCCAGCGUACCUGGCGCCAAGGACGCCACUAUUUUCUCUUAG